CGCACUUGGAGACACGAUGUGACAUUUGGCCACGCGUAAUUUGGCGCAUUUGGAGAGCUGUGCGCACCGUGCAUGCACCGCUUUGCAUGCGAUGUUUUGACUGUGUCUGUGCGCCUGUUGGAGUGAGUCCAAGGAUGCUGCGGCUUAUCUGGCUGCCGGAGUGCCGCCGCGCAACACGGGGCUGCACCAUCCACAUGUGCUGAGCAGGAGAGGCGCGGAUCAGGCGCGUUGUCACACCUUGUGGUCUGGUCGCACUAUGGAUCACUCCCGGGACAUUUGAGCAUCUCCUGCGUGUCCUUCCCAGGCUGCACCAUGGGGAACAGCUUCACUAACCUGGGUGCCUUCCAGUCUUUGCACAUAGUCAUGCUCGGUUUGGACUCUGCGGGGAAAACCACCGUGCUGUACCGGCUCAAAUUCAACGAGUUCGUCAACACGGUGCCCACCAUCGGCUUCAACACGGAGAAGAUCCGGCUGGGAGGAGCGGGGGCCUCCCGGGGCAUCAGCUGCCACUUCUGGGACGUGGGGGGCCAGGAGAAGCUGCGGCCCCUGUGGAAGCCGUACAGCCGCUGCACGGACGGCAUCGUGUACGUGGUGGACUCGGUGGACGCGGAGCGGCUGGAGGAGGCCCGCACCGAGCUGCACAAGAUCACGCGUUCAGUGGAGAACCAGGGCACCCCGCUGCUGGUCAUCGCCAACAAGCAGGACCUGCCCCGGGCUCUGGAUGUGGGGGAGAUCGAGAAGCAGCUGGCCCUCUCAGAGCUCCCCCCCUCCACCCCCUUCCAUGUCCAGCCGUCCUGCGCCAUCAUCGGCGAGGGGCUGGAGGAGGGCAUGGAUAAACUGUACGAGAUGAUCGUGAAGAGGAGGAAGUCUCUGAAGCAGAAGAAGAAGAGGCCGUGAUGGCGUAGACAUAUAUAGAACUUUGCAGAAAUAUAGAUACAGCUCCAGUUAAAAUAAAGUGACCACUGCAACUGGUUUGACUAUCUAUAGGAAUCUAUUUGAGUAAAUUAACAUUUUUGUUUUAUUCUCUAAACUUCUGACAACAUUUCUCCCAAAUUCUCCUUUUUGCUUUAACGUCAAAUACAGUUAUGUUUACAAUUAAUAUAAGUAUGUUUUUAUACAUCUAUAUUUAUUUAUCUUUUAUUUUAUUUAUGCAAUUUUGAUUGGCAUCAUUGCAUUCAUUUAUUUAUGCAAAUUGAAUUACUAUUUUUGGAAAUGUGGGAGCGAUGUCAGUAGUUUAGAGAAUAAAACAAAAACGUUAAUUUAACUCAACUUUAUACCUAUAGAUAGCAAAAAAGUGGUUUCUUAAUUUCACAGCUUUACAUAUAGCAGAUAUAUUAAAAAAAAACACAAUGAAGCAGAAAUAUCAUCAUAGUCUCCAUAUAUUACAUAAAUAUAUUAAUAUAGUGAUGCUAAAACAUAUUGUCACUCAUUAGGAUAUAUGAUUGUAUAUGAAUGUUUUAGAGGGACAUAAGGAAAGAGAGCUGUCUUAACUCCAUUUACCAACAUUUAAAUGGACAGAAAACAACUAAAUCAAAAAUAUGAUUGACAGAAACACACAAAAAAGUGAUUAUAAAUGUCAUCUUCUUGCCUUGUUAAACAGUUUGAACCUUUCCUUACAGGCAGAUAGUGUCUCUAAGUCCCUGAUGUAGAAAUAUACAAAUAAGACUGUUUUAUUAGGGAUACUUUAUAGAUAAUAUAACGAGACUGUUGUUAAUGUGAUGCUGAGAGAUGGUGUUGCACCAAAGAAGAUUCCCAGAGAAGACAAACCUCUUCCAUCCAUCCUCCACUUGUAUUUGUUCCUGUCUGACUUUGACUGUUUCCCUCAGUCCAUAACAAGCGUUUUAUAUUUUACAUGAGCAUUUAACUCCUUGAUUUUAGCAGCAACACUUCAUUUCUUCCAAGAAAAGUAACAACUAGUCGCACAAUCUGAAUUUGCUGCACCAUCAAUUAAUGCUAACUAAUCUCCAGAAGCAGUUUGCUGCCAAAUACUUGCAGAGAGCUCAUCCAGUGGCCAUCAAAAAAAGCUUGAUUUGUUGCAAAUGUAUAUACAGGGAUAUGGAAACUCAGAUUAAUGUAGCUAUAUGUGCAGAAGAUUCUCAUUUGUACGGUUUCCAACAGGUGCAAACGCAUUUGAACAGUCCUUACAUUAGGAGAAACACACUGCAGCUUCAGAAGCGAUGCAAAUAGAAAAACACAAAAGUGUCAAAGUACAUGCAAAUGAGGAAACAUCUUCUGCAACUUGACAAAGCAUGCGCAGCGUUUACUAAAAGCGCUGCAUAUAAACACUGCAAGAAGGAAACGGGGACGGAAACGGGGACACUAAAAAGUGACGCACACAGCUGGGAGCGGCUUGUUGAUGUUCUGGGAUUAUAAUGUCGUCUAACUAUCAAUGUUGGCAGAGUUAGUCAGUCUCUCAGUAUAUUUGAAAUGAUUAAGUUAGUUAAAUUAGCUAGCUAGCUUACAGCGGCUAUUAUAUCUGAAGGACAUUGUUAAAAUAAGACCAUAAAACAUUUUACAACAGUGACAGCUGGGCAGCUUUCGAAUCUCCGAACCUCAACAAGCGCUCCGCUCCCAGCUGUGUGCGUCACUUUUGAGUGCAGUGUUUUGUUUAUCCAGCGCUUUUAGUAAACGCUGUUCAUGUGUUGUCAAGUUGGUGAAGAUGUUUCUCCAUUUGGAUGUGUUUUGGCACUUUUUGUAUUUGCAU